AUGGCUGACUCUGAACACUCGUCUUCAGACAGGCUUAGGUUCCAAAUCCCUUCAAAUGACACUUUCACCGACUCUGGGGCUUCAGGGGAAACAAGCGAAGAAUCCAAGCUAGAUUUCUCUGUAGAUGAGGAGAUGCUUAUCAUAAGGAUGUACAAUCUGGUUGGAAAAAGGUGGCCUCUGAUUGCUGGAAGGAUCCCACGAAGAACAGCUGAGGAAAUUGAGAAGUACUGGACUUCUAGAUACUCAACAAAUGAAAGAACAGAAAUUUAUUGCUGCCCCCUAAGCAUGUAA